AUGGAGCCGAUCCUGGCGCUGGAUCGUGCAGAGCCAGUUCAACGUGCAAGUUGCUCCGUGCCACCUCGGCUGCCCAAAUCCGAAGAGAGACGCCCGGCUUCUUUAGCGGCCUUACUCGCUGGGGCUGGCCUGGUCUCACACUACGCCCGGCACCGCGGCUUGCGGGCGGUGGGCGUUGGACUCCCGCUGCCCUCUUGGCGGGGCAGAGCAUCCUCGGAGUCUUCCAGAGCAAGGCGGAGAGCAGUUCAGCUGGGCGAGAAGGUGGUGGGCAUUGACCUGGGCACCAGCAAUUCGGUCGUGGCAGCCGUGGAAGCAGCCACGCCGGCCAUCAUCCCCAACGCAGAGGGUGAGCGCACAACCCCGAGCGUAGUGGCAUACUCCCAAGAUGGAGAGAUCCUUGUGGGGACGACUGCCAAGCGACAGGCGGCCUUAAAUCCGCUGAACACCUUCGCUUCCGUGAAGCGAUGGUUCGGCAGAGACUAUGCAGAGGUGGCGGAGGCAGCGGCAGCCAUCCCGUACCACCUCACGGAUGCGGACGGGAAGGUGAGGCUGGACUGCCCCGCUCUCGGACGCGACCUCGCGCCGGAGGAAGUCUCCGCUCAAGUCCUCAGGAAGCUGCGCAGCGACGCAGAAGCCUUCCUGAAGACCAACAUUAGGAAGGCCGUCAUCACCGUCCCAGCGUACUUCGAUGACUCCCAAAGACAAGCCACAAAGACAGCUGGAAAGCUUGCUGGCCUGGAUGUCAUGAGGAUCUGCAACGAGCCCACAAUGGCGGCCCUAGCGUACGGUCUGGACCAGAAGAACUCGUCCUACCUGCUUGUUUUCGAUCUCGGCGGCGGCACCUUUGAUGUCUCUGUCAUGGAGGCUGGAGAUGGGAUCUGUGAGGUUCUGGCCACCAACGGAAACACCCAGCUUGGCGGCGAUGACUUCGAUCGCAGGAUUAUGAGCUGGUUGCUCGAGAACUUUGAGAAGGAGACUGGCCUGGACCUCCGAAGCGACAAGCAGGCCUUGCAGCGCCUUGCAGAAGCCAGCGAGAAGGCGAAGAUCGAGCUCUCCUCCCUGAAUGAGGUGCGGAUCUCCGUGCCCUUCAUUUCGGCCGACGACAGUGGGCCAAAACACAUUGAGGAGGUCCUCCAAAGAGAGCAGUUUGAGGAUCUUUGCGGCGACUUGCUCCAAAGCCUUGAAAAGCCCGUCAGGCAAGCCUUGCAGGACUCGCGCAUCAAGCCAAAGAAUCUGCACGAGGUCAUCCUCGUGGGCGGCUCAACACGGAUUCCAGCCGUCCAAAAUUUGGCCAAGGAGCUGAGCUCGUUCAAGCCAAUGAACAUCUCCAUCAGUCCCGACGAGGUGGUGGGCAUCGGUGCUGCCAUCCAGGCCGCCAUGAUUGCCGGGGAGGUCAAGGACAUCAUGCUCAUAGAUGUGACUCCCCUGACCCUGGGGGUGGAGACUGAUGGCGGAGUUUUCUCGCCCGUGAUGGAGCGGGGUACCGCCGUGCCCUGGAAGGCGACGAGGGUUUUCACCACGUCCGCCGAUGCGCAAGAUGCCAUCGAGGUGGUGGUUUUGCAGGGAGAGCGGCCCCUUGCCAAAGACAACAAGAAGCUCGGCACUUUCCGGCUGGACGGCAUCCCCACGGCGCCUAAAGGUGUCCCCAAGAUUGAAGUCUCUUUUGACAUCGACGUGGAGGGCAUCCUCACAGUGGCGGCCAAAGACUGGGGCACGCGCCAGCAACAGAGCAUCAAGAUCCAGGACUCUUCCACCCUGGGCGAUGAGGAGGUGCAGCGCAUCUUAGAUGAGGCUGAGGACAAGGAGUUCGACGACGAGGAGGCCAAGUUCAGGCUCGAGUUGAGGUAUUCAGCUGCAAACCUUCUCGAGCAGACAGAGCAAAAUCUGCUUGAACUAGGCUACAAAGCCCCGACUGACGCCCGGAUCACCUUGCAGCCAAAGCUGGAAGCUGUAAAGGAAGCCUUGAAGGAUGAUGCUGAGUGCGACUACGUCCAGCUAAAAGACGCAGUGGAUGUCUUGCGGUUCGAGCUCAUGAAGCUGGGACUGCGUGUCUACGGCAAGCAGGUGGCCCCUGGUGGAACUGCUGGUCCUGCACGGCCGCGCCGCGAGGGCGGAGUUGCUGGGGGCGGCUAUGUCUUCCAGGAGGAGGACCCCGACAUGCCCGGCAACGAGGAGGAGGAAGCCCGAAAGUGGGCUCAGAAGAGGAAGGAGGCAGCCGCAAGAGUGAGGCCGAGGCCCUUGGACGAAGACGACUAG